GCGAGACCCUUUACAUGUUAGUAUGUUACCAUUCGAUCUUCUUCUUUUCGUCUGUUCUAUCGUGUUCCCGUUUGUCAGUAAUCCGUACUCGUCUCCUCCCCGGAAAGCCGCAAUUUCCUAUCAAAUUUCUAGGGUUUUCAAUUCACAACUUACCCCCAAUUUUGACCCCCAAAUCAUUCAUAAAUCAUCAAUUAAUCACAAAAUCUUCUCAUAAUACCAUUCAAUUUCUGAUACAACCAUCCAUUUCUUUCAAUUUUUCGAAUCAAAAAAAUGUCAUCGGGUCAAUCGAGGUCGGUGUUAGAAGGCGACUUACAGAUAGUUGCAGUAGAAGAUAAGCCGUCUACGAUGUCCGCUUUUCCGCCUAGACCGCCGUCGUCGACGAGCAACGCGAUCGUGGAGUACACUCGUGCUCCUUUCAAGGAAGAAGAGGAAGAUAUUGAAAUUAAACUACGUCGUAUUCUUGAGAAUGUUCCUGUUCGUGUUAGUAAUACUUCUGGUAGUUCUGCUGGUUCUGGCUCCGGUGAUUUUCAUCAGUACCGGCAAAUGAGACGGAAAGAGCAAGACAGGCUUGUCAGAAUGGAAGUUGACUAUCAAAGAAGGAGAGAGGUUGCCGAAUUUGAAUAUAGAAGAGAACAAAGACUGAAAGCCGCUGAAGAACAAGCAGCUAAAAAGCGUGCAAAACGCCAAAAAAAGAAGCAGAAAAGGAAGGAGAAGAGAAGAAAACCCAAUACUGCUGGAGAGGAGCAUCAGAAAGUGGAUGUUUCCGAUGAUAGCGGGGAUACUGAUAAUGAUGAGAAGACAGGAGAUGAUUGAGCACUUUAGGCAGACUUUCUCCGGCUGUGAUUUUUCUCCAAUUGCCAGAUAACACAAAUUGAUCAAUUUGUGAUUGGUUGAAGCAAAGUAGAGGUCUCCAUUUGAUCAAUUUCAUGGCUGUGCACGGUCGCUCCGCAGCCCCAUAUGACUGCACUCAUUAUACUUCAAAGUGAUUUUGAAAUUCAGCUAACAAAGAAAGUGAAGCAGGGGAUUAAGGAUCAAAAGUUUGGAUAUCAUAUCAACUUCUACUUUCUCUCAAAAAAAUUGCAUGAUUACAAAGUAGCUACUUAAUAUGUUAUCCGUGUAAAAUGGUUUGAAGUUGAGACUUUAUGACAAAUUGACAAUCAUUGUUUGGUGUGUUUUUUUUCCUCUCAUUUACUCCAUGAUAUUUAACCUUUAGCUUCUCAGUUUUUAGGGCUA